CGCCGUCCGGUACUUUUUGGAGCAAACAACCCAAACAUCUCUGAUUUGUCAGGAAUGAAUUGAGCGAAACGCGCCCGUGGGCUUUCGCGUUUGUUCCUCCAUCUUUGUUUCUUUUGUCCAUACCAGCCUGGUGAUAAAUGAAAUUUUCAUUUUCUAUCAGCGACACAAGUCCAUGGUCUGAAUUCUUGCUUGUCUACCUCCUUCCAACUCUCUCUCAGAGUUUACACCCGCAUCUCAAGCACCUACUCUCCUGGUCUUAUCCCUUGAUCGCUCCAUCUCUUGCAUUGCUCUCAAAAGUUCCUCGGGGAGCUUCCUCCAGACUAGUUGUAGCUAGUCCGUCAACUGUCAAGCUGCUACUAUCAACGCACUUUCAUCAUGGCUGAAGAAAUCCUAAUUGAUAGAAAUACAUUCUUCACUCGAUUAUCGAGCUUAUAUACAGCUUGGAAGGCAGAUAAACGAUCCGGCAAUGCUAGCUUUGGUGGUGUCUCGUCCAUCAUCAUCCUUAUGGGGAAAACUGAUGAGGCAAAUAGCUUCCAAAAAAACAACGCGAUGCAUUUCUGGCUGCUUGGCUAUGAGUUCCCUGCGACACUGCUAGUCUUCACAACGGAGGUGGUGUAUGUUGUGACCACAGCCAAAAAAGCGAAGCAUCUAGAACCACUGAGGGGCGGAAAGUUCCCAGUAGAGAUAUUAGUAACUUCCAAAGACCCCGAAGAGAAGAUGAAGUCGUUUGAAAAGUGCAUCGAGGUUAUCAAAAAUGCUGGCAAAAGAGUAGGUAUCUUGGCAAGGGAUACAACUACGGGUCCCUUCGCCGAGGACUGGAGGAAAGCCUAUACUGCCGUCUCCAAAGAUGUAGAAGAGGUCGAUAUUUCGCCAGCCCUUUCGGCCGCGUUCUCGGUGAAGGAUACAGAUGAACUAGUCUCAAUACGAAAUGCGUCUCGAGCUUGUACUGGGCUGAUGUCCGAAUACUUCGUUGAUGAAAUGUCUCGCUUACUUGAUGAAGAGAAGCAAAUGACUCAUAAAGCACUAUCAAUGCGGAUUGAUGCAAAGAUUGACGAUGCGAAGUUUUUCAAUAAGCUAGGAAAAUUACCGGCUGAAUUCGACCCCCAACAAAUCGAUUGGGCUUAUGGACCCGUCAUUCAAAGUGGAGGAAAAUAUGAUCUCAAGCUCACAGCAGCCUCGGACAGCAACAAUCUCCAGCCGGGAAUCAUCAUUGCCGGCUUCGGGAUUCGCUACAAAACAUACAGUUCGUUGAUUGCUCGUACUUACUUGGUAGAUCCGAGCAAAGCGCAGGAAUCAAAUUAUGCUUUCCUACUCAAUAUACGCGAAACUAUCAUGAAAGAGGUUCGCGACGGCACGGUAGGUAAGGAUCUGUACAACAAGGCGGUUAGCCUGGUUCGAGCCAAAAGACCGGAAUUGGAAGCCCAUUUUCUUAAAACCGUCGGUGCGGGUAUAGGAAUUGAGCUUCGAGAUGCCAACAUGGUGCUUAAUUCAAAGAACGAAAAAGUCCUGAAGAGCGGCAUGACCUUUUCCAUCACAGUCGGGCUGACGGAUGUGGAAGAGUCGAACACAAAAGACAAGAAAAAUGCCAUCUAUUCAAUGGUCAUCACUGAUACUGUUCGUGUUGGAGAUACCGGCCCACUUGUGUUUACGAAAGAAGCUGGCGUUGAUAUGGAUUCUGUAUCAUUCUAUUUUGGGGAUGAAGAGGAACCUCAAAAGCCUGUCAAGGAGAAGAAAGAGUCCAAACCAAACGCCAUUGCCAACAGAAAUGUUACACGGACUAAACUUCGCGCUGAAAGACCGACACAAAUUAAUGAAGGUGCCGAGGCACGACGCCGUGAACACCAAAAAGAAUUAGCCACAAAGAAGACCAAGGAAGGGCUUGACAGAUUUGCCGGGACCACUGGAGAUGAUAAUGGAGUCACCCAGAAAAAGUUUAAGCGAUUCGAGUCCUACAAAAGAGAUAAUCAACUGCCGACGAAGGUCAAAGACUUGAUUGUGUAUGUAGACCAAAAGGCUGCGACCGUUAUUGUCCCCAUUAUGGGUCGCCCAGUACCAUUUCACAUCAACACAAUCAAAAAUGCCAGCAAAAGUGAUGAAGGAGAGUACGCGUACCUCCGAAUCAAUUUUCUUUCUCCCGGCCAAGGUGUUGGUAGAAAGGAUGACCAGCCCUUUGAAGAUCUAUCGGCGCAUUUUUUGCGAAACUUGACCCUUCGAUCCAAAGAUAAUGACCGUCUUGCUCAAGUGGCGCAGGAUAUUACGGAGCUGAGAAAGAAUGCAUUGCGACGCGAGCAGGAAAAGAAGGAAAUGGAGGAUGUCGUCGAACAAGAUAAAUUGGUUGAAAUCAGGAAUCGUCGCCCGGUCAAGCUACCUGAUGUCUAUCUUCGGCCUCCUUUGGACGGCAAGCGAGUUCCUGGAGAGGUUGAGAUUCAUCAAAACGGUCUUCGUUAUAUGUCACCCUUCCGGAAUGAACAUGUGGAUGUGCUGUUCAGCAACGUGAAGCAUUUGUUUUUUCAACCAUGUGCUCAUGAGCUCAUUGUCCUUAUACACGUUCAUCUGAAGACUCCAAUAAUGAUCGGUAAAAGAAAGACCAGGGACGUGCAAUUCUAUAGAGAGGCUACCGAAAUGCAGUUCGAUGAAACCGGUAAUCGCAGGCGCAAGCACCGCUACGGAGAUGAGGAAGAAUUCGAAGCUGAACAGGAAGAGCGACGACGACGGGCGGCUCUAGACCGGGAAUUCAAGGCCUUUGCCGAAAAGAUCGCAGAUGCUGGCAAGGACGAGGGUGUGGAUGUUGACAUCCCGUUUAGGGAAAUUGGAUUUACUGGUGUCCCAAAUCGGUCUAACGUUCUGAUUCAACCCACGACAGAUGCUCUCGUUCAACUGACAGAACCGCCCUUCCUGGCAAUCACCUUAAAUGAGGUGGAGAUUGCUCAUCUAGAAAGAGUACAAUUUGGGCUCAAAAACUUCGAUCUUGUAUUUGUUUUCAAAGACUUUCACAGGGCCCCUGUGCACAUAAAUACAAUCCCAGUUGAGUCAUUGGAAGGGGUAAAAGAUUGGUUAGAUUCCGUUGACAUCGCGUUUACUGAGGGGCCUCUGAACUUGAAUUGGACAACUAUCAUGAAGACAGUUGUCAGCGAUCCGUAUGGGUUCUUUGCCGAUGGAGGUUGGUCGUUCCUGGCGGCAGAAUCUGAUUCGGAGGGUGGCUCUGAUGAAGAAGAAGAGUCUGCAUUUGAGCUUUCCGAAUCAGAGCUUGCUGCAGCUGAUGAGAGCUCAGAAGAUGAUAGCGAGUUCGAUGAUGAUGCUAGCGCCGAGGCAACAGAUGAUUUCAGUGCGGACGAAGAGAGCGGUGAGGACUGGGAUGAGUUGGAAUUGAGGGCAAAGAAGAAGGACAGGGAAAGCGGCCUGGACGAUGAAGAUCGGGGUAAAAAGCGCAAGAGGUGAAUGAUCAAUUAUUCUUAGUGAUUGGAAACUAGCUAGGAUGUGCAUGGUAAAGUUAGGGCUGGGAUUGGGCAUCCAAAUAUGACUCUCUCUUGAUACUACAAAUUGUACAAGAAAAACCCAUUCCAUUUGAGGCGCAAAUAAGACAAAUAAAU